AGGAAAUCUAAUGAUGGACCCUCAAACCAGUGCCCAGGACGUGAUGCGAUGUGACCUGUGUGAGACCGCUGUGGUACAGAUGCACUGUGAUACAUGUCUUGUCAACCUGUGUAAGGCUUGUGUGGGAGAACACACGAUAUCUGAUCAAUCUAUCAGUCACAAAGUUGUCAGUUUUCAAGCCAGGAAAUCCACUCCUCUCUACCCUGGAUGUACAUAUCAUAGCAAGGAACGAUGUAAAAUGUUCUGUAAACAAUGUGACAUUCCUGUCUGUAUCAGCUGCAUUGAAUCAAAUCAACAUUUAGGUCAUGAAUUAUAUAAAAUCUUGCGAAUUCUGGAUGAAAAGAAAGAAAGUAUUACAAAAGAAAGAAAUGAAUUAAAUGAUACAAUUUACCCCACAUACCAGGACAUUGCCUCUGAUGUACAAAACAGAAUGAGUCAGUUUGAAAAGGAAUAUGGAGAUCUCUCAACAGCCAUAACAAAACAUGGAGAGGACUGGCACAGAGAAAUUGACAAACUUGUCCAGAAACUUAAAGCUGAAGUUGAUGAGAUGAAAAAUACACAGUUACAAACUCUACAGAAACAUCUGGAUGAAAUAAACAAGAAAAUUUCUGACAUCAAGGAAGAAAUCAAUACAAUGGAAAUGGCUAUAGACACUAAUGACUUGUCAAAACUAUUUAGUGUCACCUCCAGUGUACAUAUAUACAGAAAUCUUCCCGACAAAAUUAUGCCAUCUUUACCCAAAUUCAUUCCAGGAAAAAUCCAUGAAGAACUUGGUAAACUGUUUGGAGCCUUAUCACCAAGUUCUUUAACAUCAGAUAAACAUGGCUACAGCAUGAAGACACCACAGAAAUCACCAGAAGCUGGAUCUUCUCCUCCAGUCAAACAGCUGCUUGAUGAACCAGAGACUGUCACCACCAUAGACACUGGGUAUGGUAGACUUUACAAUGUGGCCUGUCUGAGUGAUGAAGAAAUCUGGACAAGUGGAAAUGACAAGACCAUGAAACUCUACAACAUCAAUCAGGGGUCACUACUCAAGUCAAUUACAACCAUGUCAGGGAACAUGCCAGAGGACAUAGCAGUGACAAAAAGUGGAGAUCUAGUUUAUACUGAUUAUGAUGAUAGAAGUGUGAACAUUGUGAAGAAUAAGAAGAUAGAGGAGGUGAUCAGAAUACAGAACUGGAGUCCUCACCGUGUCUGUAGUACCUCCUCUGGUGACCUCCUGGUUGUUAUGGACAUUGAUGACAACAAACAAUCAAAAGUUGUCCGUUACUCUGGCUCCACAGAGAAACAAACCAUUCAGUUUGAUGAUAAAGGUAAACCACUUUAUUCAUCAUCAGGAAGUAUUUUUUUGGUUGAAUAUAAAUACAUAACUGAGAACAGGAACCUGGAUAUCUGUGUUUCUGACAAUGGAGCUAAUGCAGUAGUGGUGGUCAAUCAGGCCGGGAAACUGAGAUUCAGGUACACUGGACAUACUCCUGCUCCAAAGAACCAACCAUUCAAUCCACGAGGAAUCACCACAGACAGUCAGAGUCACAUCCUUACAGCUGAUGAUUACAAUCACUGUGUCCACAUCAUAGACCAGGAUGGACAGUUCCUCCGUUACAUAGACUGUGGACUGAGUGAACCCUGGGGACUGUGUACAGAUACAAAUGACAAUCUGUUUGUUGCUCCGUAUGGAAACAGACAAGUGAAGAAAAUCAAAUAUCUGCAGUGAUAUGGAUGACUGUGUUGUAUUCUAGUUAUAUUACUGAUGUAUCGGUAUGCUGUACUAUGAAGUCUUGCAAUAAUAUAUAUUUCAGUCUUAUUAUCAAUGCAUAUCUUUUAUUAAUUAAAAAAUGGACAGAAGAUAAGUGAAACAUUGAAUGAGUUCUAUGUAUCCUUCUAAAAAAGGUUUGUACAUCCAGGUUCUAUCUGGAUGCAAACAUUUCCUUGUUUUGUUAGUUUGUUCUUUGAAAUAACACAAUGUAUAUUUCUAAAAACAAAUUUUCUUGAGGAGUAUAUUCUUACACAAUGUAAUGUUUUUUAAAUGCAGUUUCACAAUGGUGGAACAAGAUACGAUGUAUUAUAAUAACAAGAAAUAUGUGUGGUAAACAAAGGCUAUGUAGAAUCUGAAAGCGGCACUACUAGGUGAUUAAAAAUAAAGAU